AUCUGGGCCGCUCACUUCGGGCGAGUAUGAAGCAGCAGAAAAUCUUCUAUGGCGCCAGGCGCAGGUGGAUGCGUAUCCAGACGAAUAUGCUGCACUCGAGCAGAGCCGAGAAUCUAAUAUUCAAACUGCAAUGGCGAAGUCAAGUCCGUUGUACAAGCUUUCACCUUACUUAGACGAAUACGGAGUGAUAAGGAUGAACAGCAGAAUUGGGGCUGCCCCUAAUACCCCAUUCGAAGCUAAGUAUCCUAUCAUUCUACCUCAACAACACCGCCUCACGAAACUUCUUAUUGACAGCUAUCAUCGACGUUAUUUACACGGAAACAACGAGACUGUAGUCAACGAGAUGCGUCAAAGGUUCUUCAUCAGUGGACUUCGAACCCAGGUCAGAAAGGUCGGCGCAGAGUGUCCAACUUGCAUCGUUGAGAAAGCUAAGCCACGGCCGCCAAUGAUGGCCCCGCUUCCCCGAGUUCGACUUACUCCAUUCGUCAAGCCUUUCUCCUUUGUUGGCGUGGAUUACUUCGGUCCCCUGUUGGUCAAGCAAGGUCGCAGCCUUGUAAAACGUUGGGUAGUACUUUUCACCUGCUUAACUAUCCGAGCAGUACACCUCGAGAUAGCACACAGUUUGACAACGAGUUCUUGUAUUCUGGCAUUUCGACGUUUCAUCGCACGUAGAGGUUCACCCGUAGAAAUUUACUCAGACAAUGGAACCAAUUUCCAGGGAGCGAAUAACAUCCUUAUGAUCCAGCUACAGCAAAUCCAUCAAGCUUGCGCAGUAACGUUCACAAACUCCAACACACGUUGGAAUUUUAAUCCACCGGCUGCUCCUCACAUGGGAGGUUCAUGGGAGCGGAUGGUCCGAUCAAUCAAAGUGGCCAUGGAAAGGAUUUCGAAACACCCUCAAAACCCUUGCGACGAGGUUCUGGAGACAGUAGCUAUGGAAGCAGAAUCGAUAGUCAACUCCAGGCCUCUCACAUACAUACCUCUAGAAACAGUGAAUUCUGAAGCGCUCACUCCUAACCACUUUCUGAUGUACGGCGAACGUGGCAUCAUUCAACCAAUCAGUUUGGCUGAACCGGAAGGAACUAUUCUUAGAGACAGUUGGAAACUAUCCCGAAAUUUGGUAGAUAUGUUCUGGAACAGAUGGGUUCGUGAAUAUUUGCCCACAAUAACCCGGAGAACAAAAUGGUUCACGCCGGUGAAACCCUUAGAGCCAGGAGAUCUAGUACUGGUAGUAGAUGAAAGUAAAAGAAAUGGAUGGGUCCGAGGACGCAUCUUGAGCGUCGUGAAAGCCGCUGAUGGACAAGUACGAAAAGC